AUGGGGGCGUCCUGGCAGAGACUCAGGAUCCAGAUUGGAAGGAAGGUCGUGGCGGAGUGGAAAUGGCAGGAGAGCCAUCUCCUGGGCUUCACUGCCGGCCAGUCCCAGAUCCUGGCACAGACGUGUCCCUUGUACCGAUACCAACCCCCGACCCUGCGGGUUACAGCCCUGCCCAGGCCCCGGGACCGCUGUCACGCGCUGCUCGUUCUGCUGGUGUUCUGGCGCCUGCCGCAAGGGGGCGCCCUGUCUCUAGGCGAGAAGCGCCUCUCCGAAGUCCGGGGACCAUCCGCCGCCGUUCGCGAUUCCGAAGACACCGAAGUCCACGAGUUUCGGAAACGUUUCCAGGAACUGCUGGACAGGUUACGGGUGAACCAGAGCCGGGUGGCCUUGCACGCUGACCGCAUCUUCGCCCCUACUGUCCGGAUACUCACCCCAGAAGUGCGCUUGGGCUCGGACGGCCUCCUGCACCUGCGCCUCUCCCGGGCCUCCCUGUCGGAGGAGCUCCCUGCAGCCUCGCGCUUGCACCGCGCCCUGCUCCAGCUGUCCCCGACGUCGCCCAAGUCGUGGGACGUGACAGCGCCACUCAAACGUCAGCUCAGCGUGGGAGGAUCCCGCACACCCGAGCUGCACCUGCGACUGUCCCCGCCCCCGGAUCAGUCGCUGGCCUCCGCGUCCCGGUUUGCACGGCCCCAGCUGGAGCUGCAUCUGCGCGCACGGGACGCCAGGGGGCGCCGCGGCGGACAGGAGCGCGCCUGGAACGACUGCCCGCUCGGGGAAGGGCGCUGCUGCCGCCUGCAGACCAUCCGCGCGUCGGUGGAGCAGCUGGGCUGGGCCGACUGGGUGGUGUCCCCGCGCGUGCUCGAGGUCAGCUUCUGCGGCGGCCAGUGCCCAUCCCAUUACCACGUGGCCAACAUUCACACGCAGAUGAAGACCAGCUUGAACCGCUUGAAACCCCACAUCGUGCCCGCCCCGUGCUGCGUGGCUUCCAGCUGGGAACCCCUGGAGAUCCUCCAGAAGACCAGCAGCGGCCAGUUCCACCAGGUCUACCAGAACGUCCUGGCCAAGUCCUGCCACUGCGAGUGACCGGCCUGGCCAAGUCCUGCCACUCCUCCCCCUGCACCUGCGACCUGGGCGGGACCUCAGUCUUCCUCGCCUGCAAAGUGGGCGCGCAGGACUCCUCCCCAGGGCUGUGCCCCGCCCCCCCACCCAUUGUAUUUAUAACUCUGUAUUUAUUAUUAUUAAUUUAUUGGCUGGUGCACCCGGGUCCGAGAGGGCUGGUGCAACUGUAUAUAUGUAUUUAUUUUUCAAUUCUGUUAAUAAAAAAAUGUCGUCUGCAGCUGGCUUCGUGGUAUGGUAGGAAGGCAGGCAGAUUGCACAGGGUGGAUUGCGGUGGUUCGAGUCCCAGACCGGGUGGCAUGAGAA